AUGCAUCUUGAUUUCCAUAGACAAAACUCUACUUGUCUCAUGUUUAGUACAUACAAGAACGACAUUUAUAUAAUAUGCUCAAUUGGUUAUGACUUGUUAGCAUCAUUAUUGCUUCCUGAAAUUGAAGAUGAGAAUGAUAAUGUUGAAAUGGGUUAUUCAUUGUCAACAUCGAGUGAGGAUUCAUCAUCAACAUUGAGAGAGAUUGAUGGUUAUGUAGCUCAAAAGGAUUAUCCAUUUAAAGAUUCAGGUCUUGCGGUUGAUUUAUUUGGUUCUUGUAAUGGUUGUGUCUUCCUAUGGUUUCAUGACAAUCAGGAUGAUCAGGAGCAAUUCAUUUGUCUUUGGAACCCAGCAACGAGCGAAUACAAGAAAAUAUCUGAAGCACCAAAGAGAUAUAGACACCACGAAAUCAGACUACAUGCUUUUUUUUAUGAUCCCACAACUGAUGAUUACAAGUUCUUGAUUGCUGCACCCUUUGAAGAUGACACAAAUGAAAUGAACUCUUUAGUUCAUGUCUAUUCGUUAGCAUCAGAUUCAUGGAAAAGCUUUCUAACACCUUAUGGUUUCAUUUCUGGCAAAACAUCUAGCAUACUUUUUAAAGGAGAUCUUCAUUUGCUUGCCAUAGGCCAAACCCGUUAUUCUAUAGUCUCUUUGGAUAUUAAGAACGAGGAAUUCAAAUAA